CGAACUCAAAAGGUUGUGGAUUCGAAUCCGCCAUUCGACUACUGUCGUUAGCUACUACUAACACAAGCAUUGUUACCUUAUCAGUAAUGAUAUGAAGCGAAUAUUAGUGAUAUUAAUAGCAUUGCUGGUAUGUUUUUGUCUCGUCUUUGUCGGUGCUUUAAAUAUGUUUACUAUAAAUUUUUACUGUUUAAAUAAAGAAUAUAAAAUAUUAUUAUUAACUUUAUAGAAUAAAUGAAAUUAAUCCACUCAUAACAAUCCACGAUUUCAUAAUUUCAGGCCAUCUAGCGUCAUACCCCGUGUAGUGGCGGGUAAGAAUACCCACUACCCCAUAUCUUCCCGUGGGUGUGGUAAGAGGCGACAGAGGGAAACUGAGGCAAAAGAUAGGCAGCAGCAUCUUUCUGAUAACAGCAAAACAACAAUAAAAAAAACUGCGGUUGCCAACCCGCUCGCCAAGCGUAGCAACUAUGGCAAUAUACCCCCCAUGAUGAAAGUUACAUAGAGACGGCCCCCAGCCCCCGCCGGCGCCGCUAUUCUUGGCUACGGUGGCGACCAAGGUAACGGCAGGACAGGGGGUGCCAAGAAUCUCCGGUGGAGGUUCGGUUGCCACCUAAGACGACUCGACCUGGCAACAUAUAACGCACGCACCCUGAGGACUGACGAUAAGAUCCUGAACCUGGAAGAAGAGAUAGACAAGUUGCGCUGGAAUAUUAUAGGAUUAUCCGAGGUCCGAAGAGAGGGGGAGGAUAUGGUAAUCCUUGAAUCCGGCAACUUAUUCUAUCACUGAGAGGGCGACCAUCUGUCCCAAGGAGUUGUCGGAUUUAUCGUCCACAAUUCUUUCGUUCACAACGUUGUAAAGAUUGAGAGUGUGUCGACGAGUGUUGCGUACCUUUUACUCAGAAUCACCAAACGGUAUUCGCUGAAGGUCAUACAGGUUUACACACCAACCUCGGCACAUCCCGAUGAGGAGGUGGAGGAAAUGUAUGAGGAUAUACCUAGAGCCAUGUAUUCCUUCAAAACCCACUCACUAUACGGUGUUAAUGGGAGACUUCAACGCAAACUAGGCACAAGAGAGAACGAUGAGCUGAAGGUAGGGCAAUUUGGAAUAGGGCAACGGAACCCAAGGAGCCAGCAGCUGGCCGACUUCAUGGAGAAAGAGGGACUCUUUAUGAUGAACUCUUUCUUCCAGAAGGGAACCUGCCCCGACGGUUCGACAAAAAAUGAGAUUGACUUCAUUAUGACGACCAGACGACAACUGUUCAGUGAUGUCUCAGUGAUCCCGAGGGUGAAAAGUGGUAGCGAUCACCGAAUGGUUAGAGGCACACUAAACCUAAACGUUAAGUUGGAGAGGUCUCGUCUAAUGAAGUCAACGCUGCGUUCCAUUCGUGUUCUAAUCCAGAGUCCCGAAACCUUUCAGAUCGUGCUACAAAACAGUUUUAAGUGCCUAGAAGAUUGCAAUGCAGUGGACGAUAUGAAUGGUAAGCGCGUGGAAACUGUCCAUGCGGUCGGAGCUAAGUUCUGCAAGACCCGCCGCAGAAGAACACAAAAACUCUCCGAUCACACUCGUUAAUCUCAUGGCUGUUAGACGGGAAAUGAAGCUGCAGUUUUCAGCAGAUUUCACAGCGUACAAGCAACUGAACAGACAAAUUUCCAAAUGCAUGCGGCGGGACUUACGCAACUUCAAUACAGCACGUAUUGAAGAAGCGAUCGAGCGGAACUAAGGCUCCAAAGUCUGCUAGAGAUCUGUCUGUCAUACAGAGCCAGAGGAUAGUGUACUGCCCUCUAAUGUUGACUUCUUCACGGUAUAAAGAAGACUUCAUACCGCUGUAAGAAGUAUUUACCUUAUUCCUCGCGCAUUCUAUCUUGGCCGGUUUGAAGUUAGUCGCGCGAGGCUGCGCAGAUAUAGUUUUACAAAUAAAUACGGUCACAAUUACCACAGAUUAAAAAAUAUUACAUAGAAUCGAUUAUCGUUAUUAUCGAUUAUGAUUCGAUUCUAUAUUAUAUUUAUUGAAGUGAAAACUUUUUACAAAUUUAUGAUUUAAAACUCAAUGGAAACGAUAAAGCGGCACUAUAAUUCCUUUAAUUUUGCCACAGGAUCUUUCGCAUUAGUAGUCAAACUUUAAAAACGUCCAAGUUUAUUUUUAGGUUUUAAAAGUUUUAAAUGCAUUUUUCAGAUGCCUUUGGACUAUAGGUUCCUCGACGCAAUCUUCGAGCUCCUACAUAUGAUACAAUACAUUUUGGGCCGUAACACAAUAUGUACAAAGUGUGAAAUCAGUUGGCAAGCGUUUUUUGUAUUGUAUGAAGGCUGUAUGGUUGUAUUAAAUAAUUUGUUAAUGUCAAGAGAGGAACUAUUGGAAGAUAGGUGGCCCUGUUACAUGCAGUGCUACAAAACGCUGGUCUUGUGCCUAUGCGAAAGAGCUAUGUCUCUUGAGGAAAUAGAUCGAAGCGUAGAACAGAAAUUAGCAGAAACAGCACACUCUAUUGAAAAGUUAACGCAAUCAAUAUGCAAAAGAAAAGCCCACGUGUCCAGAAUUGCAGCCUACGCCGUUGCAGACAUUUGUACAUGGAUCGAAAAGACAGCACCACCGAAAUUGGUGCGGCAGCAUCUAGAAAAUUCCAUUGCCUUGUUGAUACAGUCCUCAGACUCGACCUAUGCUAUGGCAUUCCUUAGAAGAGCGUUAGCCGGCUCUAUCGGACAAAUGACAAUGACUAAUAUGUAUUCGAUGUAUAAAAGAUACCAUAAAUAUGUUGGCAAUUCUUGAUUUAAAAAGAUGUUAUAAAUGAAUAAAAAUGUGUACAGAAUACCACUUUUAUUUUGUUUGUAUACAUGUCUUUAUUUAUCUAAGCGCUGAUUUUUCAAUCACCACAUAAAGUUUUUCUUCAUAUAAAAUAAAUAAUUAACAAAUUAAAAGUUACAGUUGUUUAAAGCAAUGAAAUAGUUCAUUUAUUUCACUUUUAUAUUCAGUCAGCUUAUAGUUUAUUUGAUGGAUAACUUUUAUCUGAUAAUUUU